AUGGUCAUUUUUUGCUCAGAUCUACUCCACGAGGAAUUCCGGAGCAACCCGAAGUUCGCCGCGGACACUCAAUCACCCACCGGAGUUGUAGCCAGAGAUAAUCGCACUACAUCUUAUUAUUUCAGGAGGAGAUAUAAGUUACCAAACCUAGAGUCUCUUCCCGAUGAGUUGUUAUUGGGCAUCCUUGUUCGUCUCCCAGCUCAUGUUAUUCAAGACUCUGUAGGUCUUGUUUGCCCCAAGUGGUACCGUUUGACCCGUACACGUGACUUCAUUCACGAGCACUUUCAGCGUGCAACCUCCGGGCUCAUCUUGCACUCUAUGAUGUUCCCUGAAGAAAUUAUUUUUAUCUCCAUGAAGGAGGGCCGGGUCGAAAAAUUCAGGUUCCGCAAGGAAUAUUACUGCAAUAUUUGGUCCAGCUGUAAUGGUCUGGUUUUUGGAAUCUCAAGUCAUAUCAAGUCUGACUUGUGCAUCUUCAAUCCUGCAACCAACCAACACUAUGACCUCCCUCCUAUUUACAACAGAAUUUGUUCAAUUUUUUUUUCUUGUUUAGCAUUUGCAGCGGCCUCUAAGGAGUACAAAGUGGUCCUAUGUCAUCAGGAGAUAGAAAUUGUCUACUGCGCCAUAGUAACUGUUGGGGUCGAUACCUCUUGGAGGCACGUGCCUGUCCAACACUUGUCUGAAACGAGCAGGACAGUGCUAUGCAAGGAAUUUCCAUGGACGACCCAAGGUUUUGUGCAUUGGAUCAAAGAUGGGUUUGAUACUAUGCUGACUCUGAAUGUGGAGAUUGAAACUAUAUCCGAGUCGCAGGUUCCACUUCCUCUAGCUCAUAGAGGGAAGAGAAAGUUUUAUCUGCCGACAGAAAGGUAUCUAACUGUAUUGGUUGCCCUUGGGAAAUACUCGUGGGAUGUUUGGCAGAUGGAAUCAGAAACUGGGGAGUGGCUCAAGGUAUUCAGCAUUGAUUUGGAGGAUGAAAAGUGGAGGUUCGAUUGGUUUUCACGAGAUUGCGAUGAAAAUUACAUCCGACCGGUUGGUUGGAUAGAUUACCCAGAUGUGCUUGUCUUUAAUCCUCCGCCCGGAAAUCGCAGUUGCAUCGUGUACAAGGUUCGUACGCGCGAAAUUGACUCGUUCGAGUUAUCAACAUUGGGUGGAUUUUAUAUCUUUAGAUUCCACAAGAGUAGUCUUUUGUCGGUUGGCUGA